GCCGGCGCCCCUCCUGAAGCGCACCGGGGUCCGCAGCCCCGUCCCCACCCUCCGAUCGGCCAGGAACCCGCUGCUUGUGGCGCUGGCCGCAGGAGAGAGGAGCCUGUCACCCUGUGGAGAAUGCGCUCCCAGUUCUAUUCGUUGCCCCUUGGCACCCGCCGACACGGCUAGUGUCUCAUCCCAAAGUGAGCAUUUUCUUUGUGUGUAGCACAGGAUGCGGUAUUUCCAAACCCCCGCGCUGAGUCUUUUCCCACCUCCCUGCUGCUCAGCUCUCCAAGCCCUGCCUUUCCUCCCGCCGUGGCUUGGGAAGCCUUAGGAACAGAAGCUCCCUGGGAGCGCAAAGCGCUUGUGAACUGGCCAACACCUUAACGCUUGGAGCUGCCCUCCUCUCGCUCCCACUUUGGAAAAUAAGAGACUGGAGAUUCAUUGCAGGCUUCCUCCCAGCAUCACAAGACUUGCCCGCUGCUUCAGUUCCCGCUUGACCUUCAUAUUUUAGCCCUCUAAAGGAGGUUACAAGUAACAGUUAAGAAACUGUGAUUUAAAGGAGGUUACUAAUAACUGUUAAGAAACUGUGAUUUAAAGGAGGUUACAAAUAACUGUUAAGAAACUGUGACUUAAAGGAGGUUACAUAAUAACAGUUUAGAAACUGACGACAGGGCCAUCCGGCAGACUUCUUUGGAGGGUUUCCAACUCCUUGUUUAUUAAAGAGUGAAUUUUUUAAUUAAAAUCAUGUUUUAAAACAGAGAUGAACAUUUUAUUGAUGGAAAAAAAUCACUUGAAGUUGGAAAGCUCUCAAAAGUACCUGGUAUUUACAGCCCCCCGUCAGGGAGGGUGAACUCGAUCUCAGCGCUUCAUUUUCAUCAGGGGUUAAGUUGAGGUACCCAGAACUGAAAAGAUUUGCCCAAAAUGACAUAUUUUAAAAUGGGCCCCGACCAGAACCCAGUUCCCUCUGGGUUUAUUUGUUAGUAAUUGUUUUACAGGCUGAGCAUUAACUAACUCCAAAGCUUGAAGGACUUUUUCUCAUUUUCACUUGUUUUCUCUAACAAAAAUAACGCUGCCAUUUCAGCUUCACAAGAUGAGGCCUCAUGGAAGAGUGUUUACCAGAAUAUUAAAAAUAUUUUGACAGAAAAGAAUCAAGCGAACUCUUUGCCAACCAAAUAUCAUCAUGACUGAUGUAACAAGUAAUCCAGUCCAGAUAUGAAAAUCACACUGAAUUUUUUCAGCAGAUCAUUCAGUACACAGAGGAAUACCGCCACAUGCCACUUCUGAAGCUCUGGGUCGGGCCGGUGCCCAUGGUGGCCCUUUAUAAUGCAGAAAAUGUGGAGGUAAUUUUAACUAGUUCAAAGCAAACUGACAAAUCGUCUAUGUACAAGUUUUUAGAGCCAUGGCUUGGCCUAGGACUUCUUACAAGUACUGGAAACAAAUGGCGCUCCAGGAGAAAGAUGUUAACACCCACUUUCCAUUUUACCAUUCUGGAAGAUUUCUUAGAUAUCAUGAAUGAACAAGCAAAUAUAUUGGUUAAGAAACUUGAAAAACAUGUUAACCAAGAAGCAUUUAACUGCUUUGUUUACAUCACUCUUUGUGCCUUAGAUAUCAUCUGUGAAACAGCUAUGGGGAAGAAUAUUGGUGCUCAAAGCAAUGAUGAUUCCGAGUAUGUCCGUGCAGUUUAUAGAAUGAGUGAGAUGAUAUUUCGAAGAAUAAAGAUGCCGUGGCUUUGGCUUGACCUCUGGUACCUUAUGUUUAAAGAAGGAUGGGAACACAAAAAGAGCCUUAAGGUCCUACAUACUUUUACCAACAAUGUCAUCGCUGAACGGGCCAAUGAAAUGAACGCGGAUGAAGACCGUAAAGGUGAUGGCAGGGACUCCGCCCCCUCCAAAAAUAAACGCAGGGCCUUUCUUGACUUGCUUUUAAGUGUGACUGACGACGAAGGGAACAGGCUAAGUCACGAAGAUAUUCGAGAAGAAGUUGACACCUUCAUGUUUGAGGGCCACGACACAACUGCAGCUGCAAUGAACUGGUCCUUAUACCUGUUGGGGUCUAACCCAGAAGUCCAGAAAAAAGUGGACCAUGAACUGGAUGACGUGUUUGGGAGGUCUGACCGUCCGGCUACCGUAGAAGACCUGAAGAAACUUCGGUAUCUGGAAUGUGUUAUUAAGGAGACCCUUCGCCUUUUUCCUUCUGUUCCUUUAUUUGCCCGCAGUGUUAGUGAAGAUUGUGAAGUGGCGGGUUACAGAGUUCUGAAAGGCACUGAAGCCGUCAUCAUUCCCUAUGCAUUGCACAGAGAUCCGAGAUACUUCCCCAACCCCGAGGAGUUCCAGCCUGAGCGGUUCUUCCCCGAGAAUGCACAAGGGCGCCAUCCAUAUGCCUAUGUGCCCUUCUCUGCUGGCCCCAGGAACUGUAUAGGUCAAAAGUUUGCUGUGAUGGAAGAAAAGACCAUUCUUUCGUGCAUCCUGAGGCACUUUUGGAUAGAAUCCAACCAGAAAAGAGAAGAACUUGGUCUAGAAGGACAGUUGAUUCUUCGUCCAACUAAUGGCAUCUGGAUCAAGUUGAAGAGGAGAAAUGCAGAUGAACCCUAACUAUAUUAUUGGGUCAUGCUUUUAUCAUGAGAAAGGUCUUUAUUUUAAGAGAUCCUUGGCAUUUACAAUUUAUAGAUCAUGAGUUCAAUAUGCUUGAAUCCCCUAGACCUAAUUUUUCCUUGAUCCCACUGAUCUUGACAUCAAGUCUAACAAAGAAAGAGUUUUGAGUUUUAUAUUUUCUUUUCUUUUCUUUUUUUUGGGACCGAGUCUCACUCUGUCACCCAGGCUGAAGGAGUGCAGUGGUGUGAUCUCGGCUUAUUGCAACCUCCAACUCCCAGGUUCAAGUGAUUCUUCUGCCUCCGCCUCCCAAGUAGCUGGGAUUACAGGCGCCUGCCACCACACCUGGCUAAUUUUUUUGUAUUUUUGGUAGAAACAGGGUUUCGCCAUGUUGGCCAGACAGGUCUCGAACUCCUGACCUCAAGUGAUCCACCCGCCUCAGCCUCCCAAAGUGCUGGGAUUACAGUCGUGAGCCACCACGCGCGGCCAGAAUUUUGUAUUUUCAUCACCAUCAUAGAUGUUACAGUUGGCUGUGGUCUCAAAAGUAGAGUUAAGUGUGUCAGUACCCAAAUAAACAUCUAACAGGUUUCUCAACAGAGAAAGUCCAAUUCCACUUCAAUUGAUAGACCCCCAAAAUAUAAUUUAAUCAAAGUUCUAGAAUUUUUGUUUGUUUGUUUGAGACGGAGUCUCGCUCGGUUGCCUAUGCUGGAAUGUAGUGGUGACAUCUUGGCUCACUGCAGCCUCCACCUCGCAGGUUUUCCUGCCUCAGCCUUCUGAGUUGCUGGGGCUACAGGCGCAUGCCACCACGCCCAGCUAAGUUUUGUAUUUUUAGUAGAGAUGGGCUUUUAUCAUGUUGGCCAGGAUGGUCUUGAUCUCUUGGCCUCGUGAUCUGCCUGCCUUGGCCUCCCAAAGUGCUGGGAUUAGAGGCGUGAGCCGCUGCGCCUGGCCCAAAGGUCUAGAAUUUUUUAAAGGUAUUCAUGUUAACUCAGGAAUACACACACACACACACACACACACACACACACACAGCAUAAUUUGAAAGAGGUAAGUACUCUGACUUAGGCUCUCAAGUUUUAAAAAUUAUAUUAGUGGCAUCAUUUAUGACAAGAACAGAUUUUAUAACCUAGAGCAGAUUAUUUACAAGUUGAUUCGCAGGUUCUGUUACAGUUUCUGUUUUGAUUGUCACUUAUGGUCUUCAUUUCAUUCCUCAUAGAAUCCCAAUCACCUAUAUAUAUUAUUGGAAGAGAUUCAUCUUCAUAAUCUCCAAUUUUUCACAAUGCCUCACAAGGUUAAUCAUGCCUUUUGGAGCUAGAAGGACUUUAGAAUGUGUCUGGUUAUGCUCCUUUAUAAGUAAGGGAAUAGAAUCAGUAAGACAGUUUCUGCCCAAAGUCAUGUUACCAGUUGGUGAUAGAGCCAGAAAUACAUAGAGAUCUAUACUCUAAAUCUCUCCACUCACAUGCUGAUAUACUUUCUACUACAGUAUGCUAUAUGGAACUCAGGGUGAUGAUCAGACGUGUCAUUAGAACAUGAGUCUUCUGCUUCUGAUUUAGGCAUACUUCUGGGAUUCUUCCAUCUUUAAAGGAAAAAGGAAGCCAUUCCUCUGUUUCUAGUAACCCAGUAAUAUCUCACUUAGUUUAGGGUUAGACCUUUAGUUAAUUCAACCCUACAGAUCAUACUUAUCAAGCUGAUAACUGACACAUAUUCCCUGAAUUUUAAUUUGAUAGGCAAUACAUCUACCCACUCCAUUAUUUUUUUAAAACUUAAUUUAAUAAUUUAAACAAGAUUGGUUUUGUUUUCAAUUUUUAUUCAUUCUUCAUAGAAUCACAAUUACCUUAAUCAUAUAUUUUUGGAAGAGAUUCCUCAGUAACUGCCCAUCUCUCAUAGUGCCUCACAGGGUUGAUCAAUGGCUUUUGGAACUGGAAGGACCUUAGAACUUUCCUGGUUAUGCUCCCAAUAGGCAAUAGCAGAUAGAACCGUGCAGUCAAGAGGGUAGGAUAUGUAUUCUUCAAUGGAUAUCAAAGGAAGAGGUUGCAAACCAAAGCCAUUUGGCAAGCCCUGUAGCCUGGGCCAUUUAAGGCGGGGGCAAUCUCAGCCAUUGCACCCAUUUAACUAUCCCAAAGAGCCACAGUGCAUAGAACCCAGGCCCUAAAUUGAUGAGGAAAAAGUCAAGGAAGGAGGUGACGCAAUUGGAAAUAUUCCCGUCAAAUGGUUAAUCUUAUUAUCAGGAAAAUGGGUAUAUUAGAAAAUUUCCUUCCAAGAUGAUUUUGGAUAAUAAAAGUUGUAUUUGUGGAAAUUGGUCUUAUCUCUGUUUUAUGCACUUACAUUUAUCCCUUACAUUUUGUUUUUAGUGACACUACAUGACAUUAAAUUUAAAGAAAACAUUGCUUAAUGUUACCGUUUGGUCUGAGAACUUCAUUCAGCUCCAGAAUUAUUGUUACUCACAUUUUAAUCAGUAAAUCAUUUAAGCUGUGACAGAGUAGGAAUUGAGAAAUUAUUUCAUGUGCUGCAGUAUUGAAAUGUGGAUGCUGCCUUGUUUUAUAAGAAGAUGAUCAAGUAUCUGUUUGUGUGCCCAUUACCUUUCUUCUGCUUGAAAGACGUGUCUCAAGAAAAAUAAAUUAUAUUUUAGAUGCAGGUGCUGCAUUUUAUUCUAAGAAUUGAUAUCAAUUGAAAACAUAGAAAGCUGUAAAAGAUAAGUCAGUGGGUGAGUGAUUCAUAAUGGGUAAUAAAAGAAAUAGCACUUU